AAACCAUUUUCAUGUGUGAACUGUGGAAAAAAUUUUUGUCAAAAAGGUAAUUUAACUCAGCACAUGAUGAUUCACACAGGUGAAAAACCGUUUUCAUGUGUGAACUGUGAAAAAAGUUUUAGUCGAAAACAGAGUUUAACUGAGCACAUGAUGAUUCACACUGGUGAAAAGCCGUUUUCAUGUGUGAAAUGUGGAAAAAGUUUUAGUCAAAAACAGAGUUUAACUGAGCACAUGAUGAUUCACACUGGUGAAAAGCCGUUUUCAUGUGUGAACUGUGGAAAAAGUUUUAGUUUUUGUCAAAAACAGGAUUUUACUCGGCACAUGAUGAUUCACACUGGUGAAAAGCCAUUUUCAUGUGUGAAAUGUGGAAAAGGUUUUAGUCAAAAACAGCACUUAACUGAGCACAUGAUGAUUCACACUGGUGAAAAGCCGUUUUCAUGUGUGAACUGUGGAAAAAGUUUUGGUCAAAAACUUAGUUUAACUGAGCACUUGAUGAUUCACACUGGUGAAAAGCCGUUUUCAUGUGUGAACUGUGGAAAAUGUUUUAGUCGAAAACAGCAUUUGACUCGGCACAUGAUGAUUCACACUGGUGAAAAGCCGUUUUCAUGUGUGAACUGUGGAAAAAGUUUUUGUCAAAAACAGGAAUGGUGGUACUACAGCUAA